AUGGCAACACUAUCAGGAAUCGAUUUUCGAAAGAAAUUUGCAUCACUUUUUGAGAUAGAUCCUCUUUUGACCAAUACUCAGGCAUACACGCUUCUCGAAGACAAUUCUUUCGAUCUGCCGAAUACUUGCCUCGAUGUAGCACAAGCGGCGGGAAAACGAUCCCGAAAGGAAGAAUUUUGGGUCCCGCAAAAAACUUUGGAUCAAUUGUCCAUAACUGGAAGAUCAAGAAGUCAGAGAACUACACCAAGUCUGAAACCGGAUACCCCCCAAUCAGGUAAAUUGGAGGCUAUUGAUAUUGACAGGAAAUCGGUAGAUCGAGGGAUUCCUGAGGUGGAACUUCCGGAAGUGAAGCUAGAAGAGACACUUCCAACCAUCAAUAGUGACGAUGAAGCUGACUUGACUAUUGUGGUUGACGAUCAACGAGUUGUUGUCCUCGAUGGCUCAGACGAAGACGAGUCGGUAAUCGUUCUGGAUGAUAAUUCCAUUAAUCAAAAUGUCUCUCGCCUAAAAAGAGACUUCUCGCCCUUUGAAAUCUCGGAUGAAUCAGAUACGGAUAUCAGUAGUGACGACCCACGUUCUGCCACUCCAGACAGACCUCUGGAUACACUUGAGAAGACGAAGAGAAAGUCAUCCAAACAGUCAACCGAGGAGUCAGUAACACUUACAACAUCGUGGAUCUCGAAAAUUGCUGGUAAUCUAUUCGGCAGGCCUCUGAGACCAGUUGGGACCAAUGAUGAUGAACCUUCUGGCGAAUUGGCUCUGGAGAAAUACCGUGCUGCUAUCUCGUCAGCCAGAAGUACCGGAGAAAAGUUCUUACAUGAUAUUGAUUCUGAACUUUGCUAUGCCCGCAUCGUAUACAGAUUCGAGAACGAAGGUCAAUGGCUCAUAUUAGAUACUUCAAACAUGGCUACAAUCUCAGGCGUCGGACAUCUCGAAGAAAAGUAUUAUACAAGCGCAGAUAGCUAUUUCUAUCGAUUCAACUACGACAUAUUAUCUGAAAGUUUUACCGAAGCCUCGGAAAUGCCAAUACAAGACCAGGAAACUCCACGUCAGGACUAUGAAUGCUGUGCCCGUAAUAGAGCUGAGAAGACGGAGAAAGACGAACCGUUUAAAGUAAUGGGCCCGAAGAAAAAUCAUGGAUCUGCUACUGGACUCAUCUACAAAGGCACGGAAUAUCACCGAAGAGAUUUUGUAUACUUUGUAACCAAAGACACUUCUGGUCAAAAAGUACCAUUCAAUAAAGUGCCAUACCGCAUUGGGCAGAUUCAGUAUAUCCGCGUCACACGUCCCCAUGAAUCGGAUGAUUACGAUACUGAAAUGGAGGAAAACGAAGAUGACAAUUCCGAGAUCAAGAUCAUGGUAGACGUCUACGAGCGAUACGACGAUCACUUUCAAGCCACGAGAUCGCAAGAGAUCGAAAGUAAUAUUCCAUUCGCUCUGCAUGACGAGAGAAGAGUAUUUUUGAGAGGAUGGAAAAUAUUGAGUCCAGAGAACCUCGAUGGCCAUUGCUUUGUUAUGCACAGAGAUCACAUCAAAGAUCUCGAUACCUACAAGGACUUGGAUGAUACAUUCUGGGUUCAAGAUCAAAUUCCAUGUAAUGUGUCGAAGGACUCGGUUGUCGUCGAGGAUCUGAUACAUAUGCCCAAAAAGCAAUUGAGAUAUUCGAAAGAGAGUAAGGAGAGGUUGAGAUUGGAGAAGGAGAUGAUGGAGUCCAAGGAAAGUGGGGUGAAGUUGAGGACUCUGGAUAUCUUCAGUGGAGCUGGUGGACUGAGCCAAGGGUUCCACGAAAGCGGCGUAAUUGGGACUACUUAUGCCAUUGAAUUCGACGCGGCUGCUUGCAAGACCCUGAAGCGAAACUUCCCAGAUGCAAUCGUGUACAAUCAAGACGCCAACAAGCUCUUAGAAUGGCUAGUGAAGAACGAAGUUGGUUCCAAUGCUGGGAUCCUACUUGAUAGGGAAGGAAAUGAUAUGGCAGUUAUGCCUACCAGAGGAGAAGUUGAUAUGAUCAUCGGCGGGCCACCAUGUCAAGGAUGGAGCACUUUAAACCGACAUAAGAGAGGCUAUUGCAACAAAAGAGAGCUGAUUGCGACCUAUCUUUCUUACGUCGACUUCUAUAGACCUAAAUACUUUCUCCUGGAGAAUGUAAUGGGAUUGGUAGGCCACAAGCUUGAUUCUACUGCUAUACCAGACAUGAACGCAGAAAAAGGUCUUCUUAAAGGUGCAGUAAAGUUUAUCUUCCGCGUUCUGACAUCAUUAGGAUAUCAAUGUCAACAUGCAUUCCUUCAAGCAGACGUAUACGGAUUACCAUCCUCCAGAACCCGCGUGAUCUUCUGGGCAUCUCUCCCCGGACACAAGCUCCCGCAAUUUCCCCAACCGACCCAUAUCUUCGACGGAAGAGUAUUUAAAAGUCCUCAUCGCGUAAGGAGAUCAGCUCCCCAUCAGCCCGUUACUAUAGGAGAUUGCUUAUCAGACCUCCCACGCUUCGAAUGGAAAAACCCGCACAUAAUCAAUGCCGAAACGCCAGCUCAAAGAUCCGCCCAACUCAAGCGUGACAAGGAUAUUGUGCAAUACACGACAGUCGAUCAACUCGAGUUUGUCGGGUUAGAAAAACAAGCAUAUGGUUCUCCUCCGCUAUCAGAAUAUCAAAGAAAAAUACGCAAAUCGGCUCCCGGUCACCUUUUACAAAAUCAUCAAAUCUCGCUUUUAUUCAAGGAUGUCGAGCGCGUCUGUAACGUUCCACUUCGAGCAGGAGCCGCGUACAAAGACAUGCCCGAGAACCUCUUACCCCUCUUCUUGCAAAACGCACUACAGCACUCGGGUAAUAGUGGAAAAGUCAAAUAUAGUGGAAGAUAUGGCAGACAAUCAAUAGAUCAAAGUUUCAAGGUCGUGACUACACUCUUGAGGAGUCUUGCGAGUACAAGCUGGAUUCUGCAUCCGUACUUGCAUAGGACUUAUUCCGCGCGAGAAUUCGCUAGAGCGCAGCGGUUUUCGGAUUGCUUUACGUGGGAUAUUGAGAGUACUAAGGAGGACGAUAUUUAUACGCAGAUUGGGAAUGCGGUGCCGGUUCCACUUGCGAGAGCACUUGGAAAUGAGUUAUGGAAGUUUUUGCGGGAUACCUCAGGGGCAAGUAGUGAGAUUCGUCAUGAUGAAGACUUGGAUAAUCGAAGUGUGGAUGAUGGAGACUUGGAUGGUGGAGCCAUAGAUGAUCAAAAAGACAUUGAAAGCAAGGACAGAGCCGAGCAGGAAUCAGAAAUAGGAGAAGAGGUCGUUGAGAUUGUAAUGAGACAGGGAGGAAAAACAAAGAACACUGGAAAGAGCAGAGAUGAUGCGAUAACGCUUGAUGAUUCGGACUGA